GUACUGUCUAGUGGCCUUCAAGUUUACGCGGUGGUCUGAUGGCAAUGACGUCUUAUAGAAACAUUUCUAAGGAAGAAUCACGUCUUGUAACAGACAGAGACGACAAGAAGAAAAAGCAUGGCGGCAAUGGAGACGUCCAGAAGAACUCUGGGGACGAGACCGAGCGUGAGAGUUGGAGCGCCAAGAUGGAUUACAUCCUGUCCAUGGUGGGGUACUGUGUGGGGCUGGGCAACGUCUGGAGGUUCCCCUACCUCUGCUACGCCAAUGGAGGAGGUGCGUUCCUGAUCCCGUAUCUCCUGAUGUUGGCGUUGGCGGGAAUCCCUCUGUUCUUCAUGGAGUCGGCCCUGGGACAGUACGCCAGUCUGGGGUCCAUCAGUGUGUGGAAGGCACUGCCGAUCAUCAAGGGUGUGGGGUACGCUAUGGUCACAAUCUCCACGCUCGUGGCCAUCUACUACAACAUGAUCAUCGCCUGGGCCCUGUACUACCUGUUCGCCUCCUUCACCAGCGUGCUGCCGUGGCACCACUGCGGACACUGGUGGAACACGCCGGCCUGCAUGGAGAGUUCUGCCGUCGCCAACCGGUCCAACGUCACCGCAAACUUCAGCAGGGCCAGCCCCAGCCAGGAGUACUUCCAUAACCGUGUUCUGAAGUUCACGGACAGUAUAGAGGAUACCGGCAGCAUCAGCUGGGAGCUGACCCUGUGCCUGCUGCUCUCAUGGAUCAUCGUCUUCUUCUGCCUCAUCAAGGGCGUCAAGUCAUCGGGAAAGGUUGUGUACUUCACGGCCACGUUCCCGUACGUCGUGCUGAUCAUCCUCCUCAUCCGGGGACUUCUGCUGCCCGGCGCGCGGGACGGAAUCAUCUACUACAUCAAACCCGACUUCAACAAACUGCUAACGUCACAGAUUUGGUACGAUGGAGCGUCCCAAGUCUUCUACUCUCUGGGCGUGGCCUGGGGAGGGAUUCUCACCAUGGCGAGCUACAACAAGUUCAACAACAACUGUUACAGGGACUCCAUUAUAAUCCCUCUAGCUAACAGUGGUUCCAGUAUCUUCGCUGGAUUCGUCAUUUUCUCCUAUAUCGGGUACAUGGCGCACGAACUGAAGAUGGACGUCGGCAAGGUCGUGGCAAAAGGCCCUGGUCUGGCGUUCAUUGCGUACCCAGAGGCCCUGACACUGAUGCCCAUCUCGCCUCUGUGGUCAUUUCUGUUUUUCUUCAUGCUCUUGACACUGGGUCUGGAUAGCGAGUUCGUGACCAUAGAGACGGUUAUAACGGCCCUGUCCGACGAGUACCCGGGUCUACUGCGGAAGUACAAAGUCGCGGUUCUGUUUGUGUCGUGUGCGGUCAUGUUCCUCCUGGGUCUCCCGUUCUGCACACAGGCUGGUAUCUACUGGGUAACACUGAUGGACACCUACGCUGCCGGCUUCACCCUACUGAUUGCAUCCUUUCUGAUGGCGAUAGGAAUUUCCUACUUGUAUGGAAUCCGACGUUUGAGCGCAAAUAUCAAAGAGAUGUUUGGUUACGAGCCUAACUGGUACUUCAAAGCUUGCUGGAUGGCGAUCUCACCACUAAUGGUGCUGUUUAUCUUCAUCGUCAGCCUGGCGGAGUACCAGCCCCCCACGUACUCCGGUCACACGUACCCGGCCUGGGCGGCAGGACUGGGUCUGGCCAUGGCGUUCACCUCUAUCGUCAUGAUCCCGCUCUUCGGUAUCAUAGCGGUGUUCAAGCAGGAGGGAACCUUGAUCGAGAAAGUUCGUGCGGCCUGCAGACCCGAGGCAGACUGGGGGCCUGCGCACUUCAGGGCGGCACUGGAGGAGAAGAAGGCCAUGGAACAAUCAGAGAAGCGAGCUGUGGACAGAAUUCCCCUCCAGAGCCCUUAACCCUUGUCCUGCUGCCAUUUUUUAUGUUUACGGAAGGAGAACGUAUUGU